AUGGCGGAUCAGCUCACCGACGACCAGAUCGCCGAGUUCAAGGAGGCCUUCAGCCUCUUCGACAAGGACGGAGAUGGUUGCAUCACCACCAAGGAGCUGGGAACAGUCAUGCGUUCGCUGGGGCAGAACCCAACGGAGGCUGAGCUCCAGGACAUGAUCAAUGAAGUCGAUGCUGAUGGCAACGGCACCAUUGACUUCCCAGAGUUCCUCAACCUGAUGGCCCGCAAGAUGAAGGACACUGACUCAGAGGAGGAGCUCAAGGAGGCCUUCAGGGUGUUCGACAAGGACCAAAACGGUUUCAUCUCUGCUGCUGAGCUCCGCCACGUCAUGACGAACCUCGGUGAGAAGCUCACCGACGAGGAGGUGGACGAGAUGAUCCGUGAAGCCGACGUCGACGGUGAUGGCCAGAUCAACUACGAGGAGUUCGUCAAGGUCAUGAUGGCCAAACACACACAAAUGGAGCAGGAGAAGAAGCUCAAAGUGCUCUGCCUCCACGGCUUCCGGACGAGCGGGGGUUUCCUGAAGAAGCAGAUCAGCAAGUGGCACCCUUCCAUCCUCCAGCAGUUCGACACGGUCUUCCCUGAUGGCCAGUUCCCAGCUGGGGGCAAAUCGGACAUCGAGGGCAUAUUCCCCCCACCAUACUUUGAGUGGUUUCAGUUCGACAAGGAUUUCACUGAAUACACAAAUCUAGAAGAGUGCAUUGCCUAUCUGUGCGAUUACAUGGUGAAAAACGGGCCUUUCGACGGCCUGCUUGGAUUCUCCCAGGGUGCAACACUUUCAGCCCUUCUGAUAGGCUACCAAGCACAGGGCAAGGUGCUGAACGAUCACCCACCAAUUAAGUUCAUGGUGUCAGUAUCCGGGAGCAAAUUCAGGGACCCAAGCAUCUGCGACGUGGCCUAUAAGGACCCGAUCAAGGCGAAAUCUGUCCAUUUCAUUGGAGAGAAAGACUGGCUCAAAGUACCUUCCGAGGAGCUGGCUUCUGCCUUUGCUGACCCUCUCAUCAUAAGGCACCCCCAGGGUCACACUGUCCCCAGGCUAGAUGAGGCAUCUGUGAAGCAGCUUUCUGAAUGGAGCGCAAGCAUCCUGGAAGACCUCAAGAACGCAGACACUCCCAAGGCCUCAAAUUCAGAGAGUUCAGGAGGUAAGGACAGUGUCGGCGUGGAGUCAGCAGAAAACCUGAUGGAACAAGUUGCAGCUUGA